AUGCAUGAUCGAACCACUGUUGAGAAGUCUUUACCUCUCGACCUCAAAUACGACCAGUAUGACUUCCCUAUCACAUCGCUGGAGCCUAAAACUGGCCAUCUGGGCCACACCACGCUGGAACAAGAUGUGAAAAUUUAUCAGCUGCGCACAAUGCUAGAGCAAGAGGGAUACACAAAACGAUUGGAUACGUUGACCUUGCUACGCUUCCUUCGCGCCCGCAAAUUUGAUGCCGAGGCUUCGAAGGCUAUGUUUAUCAAAUGUGAAGAAUGGCGAAAGAACUUUGGCACAGAUGACCUCCCUCAUACUUUCAACUACCAAGAGAAGCCGGAAGUCUUCAAGUAUUAUCCGCAGUAUUACCACAACACUGAUAGGGAUGGCCGUCCCGUCUACAUCGAGAAACUAGGCAAGAUUGACCUUAAUGCCAUGUAUAACAUCACUACUGGCGAGCGCAUGUUACAGAAUCUUGUCACUGAAUACGAGAAGCUAGUCGACGCCCGGUUUCCCGCAUGCUCGCGGAAGGCAGGCAACUUACAAGAGACAUGCUGCACGAUUAUGGACCUAAAGGGCGUCGGCGUCACCAGUAUCCCCUCUGUGUACAGCUACGUGCGUCAGACUUCGGAAAUCUUGCAGAAUUACUAUCCCGAGCGUCUGGGCAAACUGUACCUCGUCAAUGCUCCUUGGGGCUUCAGCAGUGUGUUCAGCGUCGUUAAGAGCUUCCUCGAUCCCGUCACUGUGAACAAGAUUUACGUCCUCGGCAGUAACUAUCAAAAGGAAUUGCUGGCCCAGAUUAUUCCUGAGAACCUGCCCGUCGAGUUCGGUGGUACCUGCCGAUGUGAGGGCGGCUGCGAACUCUCUGACAUCGGCCCGUGGCAGGAGCUUGAAUGGGCCAAACCUGAAGUGAAAGAGAACGUUUUCCAUCACAAAUAUCCUGACUCUGAGAACGAUGAAGAAGGCUAG